AUGGAGGAGGACAACAAAUACAUGUCCAAACUGUCGCCCACUGUGGACUACUGGGCAGGCAUGUACCUAGUGGUGAUAGCGGUGCUGUCAGUCCUGGGUAAUGCUGCGGUCCUGCUGACCUCAGCACUGCGGCCGACUCACCUCAAGGCCCCGGAGCUACUGACAGUCAACCUGGCUGUAACAGACAUUGGCAUGGCUCUCAGCAUGUACCCCCUGUCCAUCGCCUCACUCUUCAACCACACCUGGCUCGGAGGGGACACCUCCUGCCUCUACUAUGGCCUGAUGGGGAUGAUCUUCAGCACGGCCAGCAUCAUGACCCUGGCUGUCAUGGGUCUGGUACGAUACCUGGUGACAGGAAACCCACCCAAAACAGGCAACAAGUUCCAGCGUCGGACCAUCACCAUGGUGAUCAGUGUGAUCUGGCUGUACUCUGGGCUGUGGGCUGUGUUCCCUCUACUGGGCUGGGGCGGCUACGGGCCGGAGCCCUUCGGGGUGGCCUGCUCCGUGGACUGGGCCAGCUACCAAGACUCCCUAAACCGCUCCACCUUCAUCAUGUCUCUGUCUAUCCUCUGCACCUUCAUCCCCUGCCUCGUCAUCCUCUUCUCCUAUUUCGGCAUAGCCUGGAAACUCCACAAGGCCUACCAGGCCAUCCAAAGCAGGGACUUCAACUACGGACACAUCGAGAGGAAGGUCACUCUGAUGGCAGUGUUGAUCAGCUCUGGGUUCAUCGUGGCCUGGUCUCCCUACGUGGUGCUCAGCUUUUGGAGUAUGUUCCACACCAAGGGGAAGGACAGCCUGGCCCCCGUGGUCUCCCUGCUGCCCUGCCUGUUCGCUAAGGGCUCCACGGCCUAUAACCCUUUGAUCUACUACAUCUUCAGACGCUCCUUCAGACGCGAGCUCCGCCAGCUCCAGGUGCUGAUCUGCUGCUCUGCCCAACCAGACUCACCUUCGUGUGGGGAGACAGGAGAGGAGGGCAGGCAGAGUGUAAGGUCUGACCUGCUACAGAGCCUUCCGGAUGAUAAGAGCGGAGCUCCCUUGGUGGGGAAGUUGGGAACUGCGGCACUGGAAAGACAGUCUGAGAAUGAGCUGACAAGCUCCUGUUAACAAAGUAUUGGAACACGGUCUGUUUGAACAAGGCUGAACAUGGGUCCGUACCCAUCAAAGGGUUAACACUGUGUGUGUGUGUGUGUGUGUGUCUCUGUGUGUUAAAGGGUCACAAAUGGAUGUGGUGUGAGUUAAUCAACUGUGUUUCUUCACUGUCAUUCUAGCACACACUACUAGAUCAUAGCCUUGUCCUCGCCACAUCACUAACAAAGUAACACUUUACUUGAAGUCAACAGACAAAAUGUAUUAUGAAGCAUUCAUAAGACACCACAUAUUAUAAUCAUUGUAAUAAGGUAUUAUAAGGGCUCAUACAUGUUUAUAAAAAGUUGUAAAGCAUUGUGUUUCUUGGCUUGAAGUUAAAGGAACAUCAUGUAGAAUGGGAACUAGGUGAAUUGCAACAACAUUUGCACUUCUACAACACUUGUAGAAUUUUAGCAACCAGGAAAUGGCAAGUCAAUUUCAGAGUAUUUUUUACUUUCAGUUUUGUACACCAUUUCUGCCAUUGUUAAUUGUGCUUGUGAGGAGAUAACCACGCCUCUGAGUGACACUGAUGGAAGAAAGGGAGAGUGCAGCCUUCCAAUUUGACUACAAGAGAUGGACCAGCUUUUGUUGUCAAAUAGGAAGGCUGCACCAUCAUAACGCAACUUUGUGUGGGCCCCAAUUUAUUUAUUUUUGAAAAAAUAUUGUGAAACAUUCCACUAUUACCGCAGAUAUAUUAAGGACAUUUUCUGAAAUUACAAUGCAAAAAUAUUACAUAUUUCCCCUUUAAGUGUUAUUGUAAAGUUAACUUUAUUGUUGAAUGUUGUUGUGAGGUACUGUAGCAUUGAACUUAAACUUCACAAUGGUCACUAUGGCCGUUCACAAUGGUUCCUAUGGCCAUACUUCUGGUCCCUUUCUUCCUGUUUUGAGAGUUUGUGUUGGAUAUUGGAGCAUUGGCAGGCUACAAGACAGCCUUUUUGACUAUCCUCCCCAUGUCUACAGUGUUCUGUGUGUCUGUCCCUAAUAGAAGCAUCAGGAACCAUCAAGUUAACAGAGGAGAGCUAAUCUGAAAUUGCACCCUAUUGACUACAUAGUCCACUUUUAGACAGAGCCACAUGUAGCUAAUAUUAUACGUAUGUGGCACUGGUUGUGAACUAUGUAAGGAAUGGGGAAUACUGUGCCAUUUUGGAGGCAGCUGGAAACU